AUGUCUCUCUCGGUCCGUUCAUCGGCAUCUCUCGCCUCUUACUCUGGCACGAUCUUCCAAACCCAGAUAUCCCCGCCGCCCCAAUACACCCCCGAUAAGGACUUCGAAUAUCAAACUCGCUUUGACGUCCGGGCUCGCAAGAGGAUCGAUGAUGUCGCCUCCCGUCAUCGGAUCUGUCCCAGCCCUGAGGCCAUCUGGUGUCCCAUGGGUGCCAUGGGCCAGGAUUUCCUCGUCGACGCUGAAUGUCACAAGCGCAUCCUGUGGUAUGCGUAUCAGCGUUUCACCAGCACAAUGUCCUGCCCCACUGCAAGGGGCCAAGUCUACAUCCAUCCUUCGCCUACUCUCGCCGUCCGUCCUGUCGCGCACGGCUUCCAUGAUGAGGUGGGAUUAGUGCCGCACCCUAGUGACAACUUUCCGCAGCAACAGAAUUCCAUGAUCCGGUUCUCAGCUAGCACGGUCUGGGCGAGUGCGGCGGCCCGGGAGGAAUGGUAUGCUGAUUUUGCGGACCAAGCGGCCCACUGCUAUGAGCGGUUGGGGUAUAUUGUCGACUGGGUGCAGCUUGUCGCGGAGAGCGCGGAGAGUGUGAUUUUGGAGCUGGAGCCUGUUGAUGCAGAGGUCAUCGAAUGGUGGAAGAGUGGACGACAUCAGGCGAUGAGUCGGUGA